AGCAGAGGAGGAGGAGGAGGCUGCAGAAGAUGCAGGAGCAGAGCAGCAGGACUAUACAGAAUAUCAAGAAGACACUCAGGAAGAAGAGGAAGAAAGACCCCGGCCCAAGCCCAUGGCUCCACAAAUUGCCCCUCCAAAGAUUCCAGAGGGUGACCGGGUUGAUUUUGAUGAUAUUCACAGAAAAAGGAUGGAGAAGGACCUUCUGGAGUUGCAGACUUUAAUUGAGGUCCACUUUGAGCAGAGGAAGAAAGAGGAGGAAGAACUGAUCGGUCUCAAGGAGAGAAUUGAGCGGCGGCGGUCAGAAAGAGCAGAGCAGCAGCGGUUUAGAGCAGAGAAAGAAAGAGACCGACAGACGAGGAUUGCGGAAGAGCGUCAGAGGAAAGAGGAUGAGGAGGCUAAGAAGAGAGCAGAAGACGAUGCCAAGAAGAAGAAGGUUUUGUCCAAUAUGGGGGCAAACUUUGGUGGCUUCUUAGCCAAGGCAGAGCAGAAACGGGGGAAGCGUCUUACUGGACGGGAGAUCAAGAGAAAGACUCUUUCAGAGAGACGCUCUCCUCUUGGCAUCGAAAAUCUGCGAGAGGAUGCGUUGAGGGAACGAGCUCAGGAUAUGUGGAACUGGAUUUACCAGCUGGAGUCAGAGAAGUUUGACCUCUUGGAUCAAAUGAAGAGACAGAAGUAUGAGAUUGUUGUUCUGCUGAACAGGAUCUCUCACGCUCAAAAGUUCAAAAAAGGCCAUGGAAAAGGAAAGGUUGGAGGUCGCUGGAAAUAAGAAAUUGGGAAAAUAAUGAAAAGACACCAUGGAUGGUUUUACUUUUGACUACAAUUUCACAGCCUCUGCAAAAAAAA